ACAAACGUACCGGAAAAGAUUCCCCAUAGGUGCGGAAACAAAGAUGGCGGAAGGGGAGAACCAGUUUGAAGAAUUAGAGCAAAUAGACUUUUUGAAAGACCGACAUGUACGGUUCUUCGAGAGGACGCUUCAAGUGCUGCCGGAGAGAUACGCGUCUCUGGAGACAACCCGGUUAUCUAUCCUGUUUUUUGCCCUGUCUGGUCUGGACGUGUUGGACGCCCUCAGUAUGGUUGACAGGAACAUCAUGAUUGAAUGGAUUUAUUCACAGCAAGUUCUGCCUGCAGAAGACAAAUCGAAUUUAAGCCGAUGUGGAUUACGAGGAUCUUCACAUAUUGGAAUUCCUUAUAGGACAAAGGGUCCAGGUGUGCUGCACCCAUAUGACAGUGGCCACAUAGCCAUGACUUACACUGGACUGUGCUCGCUGUUGAUACUAGGAGAUGACCUGAGUCGGAUCAACAAACAGGCCUGUCUUGCUGGGGUUAGAGCUCUGCAGCUGGAGGAUGGCAGUUUCUACGCAGUGCCUGAGGGAAGUGAAAAUGACAUCCGGUUUAUCUACUGUGCAGCUUGUAUCUGUUACAUGCUGGAUGACUGGUCAGGCAUGGACAUCCAGAAGGCCAUUGAGUACAUCCGAGGGAGUCUGUCCUAUGACAACGCGUUUGGCCAGGGAGCUGGGAGAGAGUCCCAUGGCGGCUGGACGUUCUGCGCCAUCGCCUCGCUGUGUCUGAUGGGUCGACUGGAGGAGGCGCUGAGUCAGCGGGAGCUGGACAGGAUACGGCGCUGGUGCAUCAUGAGGCAGCAGAGUGGUUUCCACGGACGGCCCCACAAGCCUGUGGACACGUGCUACUCCUUCUGGGUGGGAGCCACGCUGGAGCUGUUAGACGUGUUUAAGUACACCAACUUUGAAAAGAACAGGAGCUUCAUUCUGUCCACGCAGGACCGCUUYGUGGGCGGCUUCGCCAAGUGGCCCGACAGCCAUCCAGACCCCCUACAUGCCUACCUGGGUCUGUGCGGUCUGUCUCUGAUCGGAGAGCCCAGUCUGCAGAAAGUCCACCCGGCUCUGAACAUCACUCAGAGAGCCUUUCAGCACCUCCAGCAGCUGCAGCAGACGUGGAGGGAGAACACUGGCAGCUGUGGCGGACGGCACUGACAGCAGGAUGAUUUAAAUCUGAACAGGUUCAGUAAUCUGGAUCAGCUGUCAGUCAGAAGUGACUCGACGCGUGCUUCUUAAAGACAUCCGGCUUCUCAAAAGGCUUUGCUUUAGAGAACCUUGCAAAGGUUUAAACUUUAGAGACCUUAUUUGAAACUCAUCUAAAGCCACUUGUUGUUGUUGUUGUUGUUGAGCAAUAUUGCAUAUGCCACACCUCUUUGCUGCCUUGGUUACUGAUAUAUUUUUAAAGCACACUUUUGUUUGUUUGCAGAACACAAAAUGAUUUCCCCUUCUCUACAAUAUUAUAGAAAAUCUGCUCUUUAUUUUUAUUUUUAUUUUUUUCCUUAAAACAUAAAAUCUGCACCAAUUUUAAGCCUGGAGCUCCUCAUUCUAAGAUCAUCUCAGCAGGGACAGUGUCUCUAAGCUUCUCACUGCUACAUCCUCUAGUUUCACCACUGCAGGCCUUUUAUUUAAAGAUCAAAAGAUUUAAAUAAUAAUGGAGUUGCUUGAGUGAAAAUAGGAAAAAAAAACAUCUGAAACUACCUCAAGGGGAAAAUCUAUAUCUUGUUUAAAAGGAUUUUAAACUAGAUUUAGCCAAAACUUUCAUUUCAGAUUUCCUAAACUGUUCUUUCCUCCUUUUCCUUAAUUCUAAAAAAAAGUAUUUGUUCUCUUUUGUGGAAUUUGCAGAAAGUUGGGAAUCUGAAACACAUUUAAGCUGCAGUAUUUGAACCUGCAACGUCUGAACUGCACUCAUUUUAAUUUGGUUUUUAGUCUCUGUACGGUUGUAGCCAGCUGUGAAUCAAAAAUAGACAACGGCAUCACAACCAGAGGAAACAUUUUCCUUUUGAACUUCUGUGAUUCAUUCUUUUCAGCGCAACAAGGAUGUAGAGUGGGACAAUGAACAAUGAGCUCAGGUGUUCAGCAAACAGAAACGUAUGGUCAGGAACACUCGARCGAGGUUUUUCUGUCAUCCGAUUAACCAUCUACAUUGAUGGUGGCAGCCAUUUAAAACAUUUAAUAUAUAUACAAAUAUUUUUUAAGCUUUUUUUUCUUGGUGAUUUUGGAAAAGAGCUUCAGCUAAUCCGGUCAAACUGCCUGCACCUCUUGCCUUCACCCCAGCUGUCCUAACUCAGAGCAAAGCAACAUUUCUGGCUUUCAGACCCUGCUGCACCCCAGUCUGAAUUCACUUCUCUCUCAUAAUGAGGCCACAGCACAAGCAAACAACUGAGCCCCGAGAUGACAUGCGAGGACGAGACAGUCUCGAAGCAAAGCAGAAACAUGUGGAAAAACAGGCGGCUUGUCUGCUUCAUUGUACCUGCAGGAGUAUAGAAAACCAAACUAAACCUCUGGCUUUGUGUUCUGCUUCUGCCAAACUCUGAURUUUUUCAUAUGUGGAAGGACAGAGGAAAGGAGAGAACAUGGGAGGAGAGGGGGAUAAAUAAAUAAUCGGAGCCAUCUAUUAUUAAAAGUAAACUGUCGGGGACUGGAUCCCCCUCCCUCUCUGAGUCCAGACCCGGAGCCCAGCUUUGAUGCAAAAACUGCAGUUUUUUUUUUUAAAAAGCAGUAUAUUCUGUUUUAUUUUACCGCUUAGGCCUGAAACCUGCUUUGCAACAUUUACUUUAUAACUGUUUUUCUUAAAUACUGUUCGUGUGUAUAUAUUUGCUUAUAAAAAGGGAAACAAAGCAGCUGCUGAMUUGAAUCUCAAACUUGCAUAAUAUUAUUAAUUCAGUUUUGAGCUUGCUUUUGUUUGCAUUAUAUAUGAUUUAACAUUUUCUUAUUAGUGAGUCGUUGCYUCUUCAUAUGCCCCAGUUUUUGUUUUUAUUUUUUUUAUUCACAUGGAUUCAUUUGCCAGCUUGCCUCCAUAGCGUGCCUCYUGUCGUGUUGUUUAAGUUGCUUCUCUUCAAAGGUUUUUGUUGUAGACUUAGUUUAUCUAAAGUGGAAGAAAGCUUGUAUGUAUUUUGGACCUUCACAUCUGCGUUUUGACAAACGUUUCAUGUUUCCUUUCAGUGUUAAACUUGUUGGCAUGAUCAGAUUAAUCUGAUCAGGAGGGAUUAAUUUACUGAGAUUGAACCCAGGAAUGCUUAAGGAUUAAAAAAAUAAUAAUAAUAAUGCAUGAAUCUGUCACUUCUGUCGUUUUCAUCUACCGRUUCCAUCUCAUGAUUCUUUUCUUUAACUGAAAUCAUGUUACUGCAGAAUGUGGAGACGACAGCUUUGUGUUUCAGAGACAGCUGCUGCACUAGGAGUUGUGAACGGAUUCUAAAAUACACACAGCCAAAAUAUCCCACAUGCAGUCGAUCAUGAGAGCUUGUCCUGUCAUGAGGCACUGCUAUACAUAAUGUAUCGAAAUGAUGUAACAAACUGUAACGGAAUUUAUUUUUUCUAUGCUUUUUAGGAUUCAGUGUAAAAAAAAAUUGUAAAUGAAUAUAAAUAGGUGACUUCUGUUGUGAAAGUGCCGAAGAACAGGAAGCGUAUGAUGGUCAGAGGACGUAAAUAAGCAGAUGUUUGUGAGUGUGUGAUGCGUUUUUAGUGCUUCAGUUUUGGUUUUGGAUAGAGUUAUGUUGAUUCGAGCUCGGCACGCAAAACUGUAUGUAUGAUAAAUAAAACCUCUAACUUUUACAGCA